CGAGCGGGUGUACAUUUGUUGGGAAGCUUGUCGUGAAGGGUUCAAAAGAUGUAGGCAACUUAUAGGAUUAGAUGGCUGCCACCUUACAGGGAAGUUUGGAGGGACAAUGCUAGUGGCAAAUGGAGUGGACAGUAAUGAGAAUAUCUUUCCAUUUGCUUAUGCCAUUGUGGAGGGUGAGAACAAAGAAUCUUGGACAUGGUUUCUAGACCUUCUCACAUUUGAUUUAGAGCUAAAUGAUUAUAAGGAACCAACUUUUACAUUCAUGUCAGAUAAGCAAAAGGGUUUGUUACCUGCAUUUGAGGAUGUCAUUCCGAGAGCAAUGCAUAGAUUUUGUGUAAGACAUCUAGAAGGGAACUUCAAAAAUGCUGGGUAUUCUGGAGAGGCAUUGAAAGACCUCUUAUGGGAGGCUGCUAAGGCAACUACUGUGUCUCAAUAUGAGGAGGUUAUGAGGAAAAUAAAGGAUGAAGAUGUUGAAGCGUAUGAUUGGUUGGUUGGUAAACAGGCUUCAGAGUGGUCCAGAUCCCAUUUUCACAUUGCACCCAAGUGUGAUAUCCUGACCAACAAUAUUUGUGAGUCCUACAAUCGAGUUUUAAAAGAAGCUAGGUCUCAAACCCUCAUUAGGUGCCUGGAAAGCAUAAGGGAAAUGCUGAUGAAAAGAUUCUUUGAUUUGCGGGAAAAGGCUGAAAACUGGAAGGGUUUGUUGUGUCCCACAGUUGCCUCUAAAGUAGCAAUAAAUUCAAAACUUGCUGGUGGUUAUACUGCAAUUCAAAGUGACAUAUCCCUAUUUGAAGUUAAGGGAUAUAGGGCAAAAAAUUGGGAACAACAUGCAGUAGAUUUGGUUGAACGGAGUUGUACAUGCAAUGUUUGGCAGUUGACUGGGAUACCUUGUGCACAUGCUAUAUGCGCAAUAUGGAUACAGAGACAGCAGUACAGAAAAGAGGUUGAGGAGUAUGUAGAUGAGUACUAUUUUGUUCAAACAUAUAAAGAGGUUUAUAAAGGCUGCAUUAAACCACUGAGGGGAAGAAGUGAGUGGCCUGAUGAUGAAAGGCAGCCUUUGAACCCUCCUUUAUUGGCACCAAAGCCUGGCAGACCAAAGAAGAAAAGAAAGAAAGGUGUGGGUGAGCUUACUAAAGAUGGUAAGAAGCUGUCCGGUGUGUUUACUAAUAGACGGUGUGGUAAGUGCAAAAAGGUAGGUCAUAACAAAAAAACCUGCCCUGAAGAUCCAGAGGCUGUGGCAAGACAGGCUGCAGCAAAACAAAAGAAAUCACAGAGAAAACUUCUAAAGAGAAGGAUGUUAAGGGCUGCUCGAAAAUCAGGUCAAGAGGAAGCUGCAUCUAAUAGUAUCUUUGAGACAGAAAUAUCACUUCAAGAAACCACAGAACCAUGGUGGGCUGAUUUGCCAGUUGAACCAGACAUAUGCUCUGAAAAUUUCAGCUUCAUCCCAACACCAACAACUCAAGAUAAUGAAAACCAAGAUGGGAACAAUGGCAUGUGUUUUAUUCCAACACCAACUGCUGCUCCUAGUGCUGCUGGUCCUAACCUCCCAAGAGAAACCAUUGUGCAAUCCCCCAUCACCCAAGUGUCUGCUGCUCCUAGUUCCUCAAAGAGACAGAAGAGGGAGGUUGUGAGGCCUAGAAGAAAACCAUAUCUAACUAGGUCGUCUCUAAAGACAAGGUUCAGGAACACGUCAAAUGACCCGUUGGUCGUGGAUUAGGGACAAAAAUGGUUUCUGUUUUUUGCUGGGUUUGAUGCCCUCUUUUGUUGACAAAACUUAUCAUUUUUUGCUGGGU